AUGGGAAGUGGUGGUGGUCGAGACUGUGAAUUUUAUGCCAACAAAACAAUACUGGCGCCGAUGGUCAAAGCUGGUCGAACGCCUUUAAGAGUAUUGGCUUUAGACUAUGGUGCUGAUUUGGUAUACACAGAGGAAAUUGUCGAUCAAAAGCUUCUUUCAUCAAAAAGGAUUAUAAAUGAUGAUCUUGGUACGAUAGAUUAUGUGAUUGAGGAUAAUGUUGUUCUGCGAAUUGCAAAAGCUCGAGAAGCCGGCAAAUGUGUUUUGCAAGUGGUCCUGAUGUUUUUAUUUAAAAGUUGUGGUAAUGAUGUCGCUGCAAUUGAUGUGAAUAUGGGCUGCCCCAAACCAUUCUCGAUUGCCGGAGGAAUGGGCGCGGCUCUUUUAACUAAACCGGAAGAAAUUUUGUCAUCUUUAGUGGAAGUAUCUUCAUUACCCGUUUCUUGUAAAAUACGUGUUUUGGAUAAGCGAGAAGAUACGCUAGAAUUUGUGCGAAUGAUCGAGAGAUGUGGCGUUUCUGCGAUUGGUGUUCAUGGUCGUCGUAAAGAUGAGCGUCCAGCAAACAAAAACCGUCUUGACGAAAUUCAUGAAAUCGCGCGACUACUAAAUAUCCCAGUCAUUACAAACGGUUCAUCUUCCGAGAUUUUAACUUAUGAGGAUAUCGAGAAAAUCCGAGCAAUAAGUGGUUCAAGUAGCAUAAUGAUCGCACGAAAGGCAUUAGCGUAUCCCAGUAUAUUCUCUUCAAUUGGUUUAGCCACAAAGGAUGAAGAAAUUAAAAACUUUUUAAAACUGGCUUGCGAAUUCGAUGAGAAUUUCACAGCAACGAAAUAUGUCAUACAAAGAAUAUUAGGAAGUGAACAAGAAUUUGAUCCUCGUGGUCGCGCAACACUUGCAGCAGGUGAUGUUCGCGAGAUUUGCAGAGCUUGGUCGCUUGAACACGAAUUUUAUAAGAUCCGUGGACGAUAUAUUUAUAAAGACGAUCUUGAAACUGGUAUCACACAUAUCAAUGCUACUUUCCCUCUCAAAAGGUUAAAGAAUGGAUCAGGAAAACUAACGCCGAAAUGCGUUCUAAACGCUUGGUGCGAUGAAUUUCGUAUUAAAAGACCAAUUUACGAUUGCCUACGGUCUAAAGAUAAGCGUUUUCAAGCGAUAAUCGAAGUUAAUGGUCGAAAGUUCCUUUCGAAUAUCGGUCAACCAAACAAAAAAAUGGCAGAACAGGUGAAAAUUUUAUAUGCAGAAUUUCUCUGUAAAAAAAAGAAUAAUAUUUAA